CAUGACUAGAUCUUGGUAAAUGCAUUUCUGUUGAUUUCUAGGGUUUACAAAAGUUACAUUGUGAACUUUGCCCAAAUGAGCUCAAGUUGGUGGAAGGCCCUAAUUGUAUGUGCCAUUUCACCCUGUGGAGUCUCAUGCCAAAUGGAAUUCAUUUACCUGCCCAAACCAACAACAAACACUUUCUGCCACUUUACCAGAACUUCAUUUUUGACCUCUUCCACUCUUCUCCAUGGGCUCAAACUUCUACCACAUCUACUCCUAGUCCUCUUCUACCUCCAGUAACUCUUCCCUGGCCUCACCCCAAUGAUUGAGGGGUGAAACACCCCCAUUUACCCUUCUAGACAGCAGCAUUCUUCUCGUUUCUCACCUCCUUCCUCAUUCUAGUGGCCCUCCAUGGCAUCCAAUGCCCCUCCCACAUUAUUUACUACCCCUAGAGCUACCAGACACACUUGGCCGCGCCCACAUUGCCAAAAAAUGGCCAUGCCGGCCACACACGCGCUCUGGAGCACGCUAUAGUGCGCUCCCGCACUGUAGCCGCCCCCUGCCAACCACCUCCGGCCACCUCAAGCCUCCCCAGCGCGCCCAACGAGACGCCUCGACGUGCGAGACACGGCAGCUGGUCGACCCCCUUCUUCCUCACUCUCUCCUGCCCCUGCUCGCACGCGCACCAUGGCCGCCCGAGAGCUCUAAUAAGCAAGCUCACACGCGCGCUGCCCUGACGCUCCCCGCUCCUUUUCUCCCUUCCUCUGGGCGUAGACCACCCCUACAAACACCUCGGACACGCCCACGUGAGCCCCCGUGGCUUGCAGCGAUGGCAACAGCCUCGCCGGCGCAUGAGCUCACGAUGCACCAUCGCCCCGCCAUAAAAGGCCACCCCGAGCCCUCUCUGGCCUCGGUUCACUCCCUCUUCCCCCAGGGACCUCCUCGAGCAGCCUGCUCCUCCUCCUGCACCUUCCUUCUCCUCCUACCACCGCACGGCCGCCGCUUCAGCUCGCUCAAAUUUGAGCAACACCGAGCUCACCUCCCUCCCUUUCCUCCACCCAAAGACUCCCCGUGGUCCGGCGACCAUCCCCACCUCCUUGAACCGUCGCAGGGAUGCUCGAACGCCGAGAGCCAUAAAUGGCCGACGACCUCCCCCACCACCAUCAAAGCUACGGUCACCUCGGCCCCCUCCGGCCGCCGUGACCUGCACCACCGGAUGCGCCGCUCCGCGCUGAGCUCGCCCAUAGGCGGAGCGCCGCGGGAGACGGCCGGAGGCGCCGGCUAUCGCCGGACGAGCGUCGGCAUGCGCUCUGCCUCCCCUCUUCUACCUCGAGCGGGAGGUAGAGGACGACCGCCCCGCCAGCUGGCAGGGGGCCGGCCCAUCAGCGGCAGAGGCGACCGAGCCGGCCCACCAGUUGGGUUAAGUGGAAACGGCUUUGGGCCGAUCCGCUUGCCCCGCUGGGUGGCGCCCUCCCGCAGUGCGCCUUCGGCGUCACCUCCUCCCUCGCGCAGCUGAGCCACUGGGCCGAGCCCAGUAGGCGCUGUUUAGCUGGGCUUCGCCCAGUGCGCUUUAUAAGUUGACGAAGUAGACGGAAUACUUGGAGAUGGACCAGAAGACUUGAAGACUCUGAUGAAC